UAAUAGGAUAGUGUCCAUGUUCCUUCCCCGACCCACUAGUCUUGCGAACCAAUUCAACGAAUAUGUAAAAAAUAUUGGAAAUUCCCUUUCUCCUAUUUCCACUUUCCAGAUCUUUCCAAUUUUAAUUGGGAAAGGGAUGCCCAAUUCUUUAAUCCAUCCCCCUAUAUAUACUCCUACUUUUGCAGCUUCUUUUUUCGUACACAAGUUGAAAUCAAUUUUAAAACACUUCUUACAUAAACCACUCAACAAAGCAGUACUUUCUUGUCUUGUUGUUAAUUGCAAGUUAGAAUCAAGAAUACACCAACGAUGAUGAUGUCAAUAUUCAGUUCGUUUGAUGCUCGCUCUGCUGAGGUUUUUGGCCAAAAGUUGAGCCAUUUUAAGGCACCAAGUACAGAGACCAAACAACAACAACAACAAGGGGUUGGGCCUACUGUAUCAGAUAGCAAGAGUACCGUGGCUUCUCCACCGUCUUCUUCUUCUUCAACAGGUGGUCUGAAGAAGGCCGAAGAAGGGGCGCCUCCAUCCUCUUCGAGGCAACAGCAGCAGAAGAGGCCGAGGUUUGCCCUGGAAUUGGACGGCGUCCACUGUUUCGAAACUAUUGUUAGCUAUUGAUUUUAUAUUACUAAAAAUCUAAUAUUGAAAUUCUUUAUUCUUGUCUAGGCAUGAUUAUGAUCAUGUACUCUAAUGUACAUUCAGGAGAUUGAUAUAAUAUAUUACAAUUUUUGGAUUCGGA